AUGCUUCAAGAACCCCCCCAAUCCCCGCCCGAACAAUGGCAAACAUUCCUCAACCAAUGUCUAUCAAACAGAAUAGAUAUAGACGAGUUCACGACCCUAUCCAAAUUGAUGCUAUCGCGCAUCCCCCUGAAGGAAAAUACCCUCUUCGACCUCCUUCUUCGCUCUCGCGCUGAUGCCCACAUCGCUUGGGAUCCCCUGCUGCCGUUGUAUGUUGAUGGACUCUGUCGGAUGGGGCUUGUGAAGGUUUCGGGGGUGCUGAGGGGGUUGUUGAGGCAUUCUUCUAUUUUGGAUUCAAGUUCAAGUUCCAAUUCAAGUUCUAGCCAGGAGAAAGCCGAAGCGGAUGCGCCGACCAAGAAUGGUGGUGACAGUCCUCGCUCAACCCUAAUGACAGAUAUAAAAAUCAUCCAAGAUAUAAUGAUGUCAAUCUCGACAGGCACCCAGAUCCCAAAAAGCACAACUGAAGCAGGCGACAUCUACUCCGCGACCGUUGACUGGAUCCUCGCGCUGGUGGACUGGCACUCGCGCAGCCAGGGCGGGGAUGUCUCAACGCAAAGCGGUGGUCUGAUGGACGAGCCUGAUGCAGUCUCGUUAUUCGAGUCCCUGGGGAUAUUGUUAGCUGCGCUUUCUGGUACGGCGAAGGGUCUUGAGGCUCUUUCUGGGGACUUUGAUCGACCGUUGAAGGGGAAACUGGGCACUGCGCUCGCGGCUUAUUUGCCGCUUUGUGUUGAUGUCUCGUUGCCGCUGAGGCAUCGGCUUGAGGAGUUGCAGAAGGGGUUUGGGCUUUUUCCUGAGGCGGCUGGGGGUGGGAAUGGCAAUGCUGCCAAUAGUGAUGGCAACCCUAAGGCUUUGGAUCACUCUGGUAAUGUUAUUGAUGGGAUGAAUGUGAGGGCGCUGCAGUUUGAGGCUGGGGUUAUGGAUGGGCCGGUUGUUAAUACUAGAGCUGGUCUCUAUGUUUAUAUCAACUCUAUGGUUGUUGGGCGGCCUUUGGUUGAUGAUACUAUUUUGAUCAAUUAUCUUACCAAUCGGUAUCAGGGCCACAAUGAAGUCCUUAUCGAGGAGAUUAUCACAGCCGCUUUCGACGUCCUAUCCAAUGGCGUAUACCGAAAUGAAUCCAGCCGAACAAUGUUCCUUUUCCGAUCAUUCCUUGUGAACAAACUGCCAGUGUUCUUCGCAGCCAUCUCGGCAGCAUCAAUGGUGCCGAUCUCCAUGGAAAUGUGCAUCAGCCAAGCCCUGAGCCACCUCAACCCCAACGCUUUUCCUUCUUUUUCGCAAAUGUUCUCCAUGCAAGGUAGCAGUGUCCUAUCAGAUGCGCGCCAGGAGUUUUUAUUUGCAUGCGCGUCGCACAAGCUCAUCCAAGAAUCGAGCAUUGAGCAGCUUCUUGGGGAGAACCCCAUGCAGACUUUACCCGGUGGUGGUCCUUAUGUGAAGGAUGAUCUUAUUUCUCAAAUUAACAGCAAUCAUGAACGUGCUGAGCAGCUCAUCGGUGAGAUUGAGUCGAUGGAGGGUAAUGCAGGUGCCAUCGUUGGUGCAGUGGUCGAGGUCAUGCAUAGUCUAUGUCAUGAGAAAGAGACAAUGACUCUGAAGAACAUCUGCAAUUCGCUUUCACGUCGCCCACAGACCUUGGAUGCCAUCUUGCUUUUCAGAAAUACAAAGCAGGUCUUGCAACCUCUCUGUUCUAUCCUUGAUUCCUGGAAAUGGGACGAAGACCAAGGCGAGAAUCAGCCUGUGUAUGACGAAUUCGGCAGCAUCCUCCUGCUUGUUCUUGCCUUCAAGUACCGCUAUGACUUGAGUCCAUCAGACAUGGGAAUCUCCAGCAAUGACUCCUUCUUACUCAAGCUGAUGGACCGAGGUGCUUCCACCCAGAAGCUGAGCGAGCUGAGUGAAAAACAGAACAAAGAUCUCGGCGCAUGGAUUGGGGCUCUAUUCAUCGCUGAAGGAAUCAGUGAAGAGACCAUGUCGACUUGUAGUCCUCAUGAAUUUUACAUGCUUGUCACGACACUCUUCGAUCAAAGCCUCGGUGCAUGCGAGUCCGGAAAGCUAGAUUUCGACACCUUGAAAGGAGGCUUCGAAUAUCUCCUCGAACCCUUCCUCCUCCCAUCUCUGGUAGUCGCCUUGACCUGGCUGGGCAACCACAUCUGGGAAGCUGAAGACCCAACAAUCCCCAUAAAAACCCUCCACUCCCUAGUGAAACCAAACUCGAUCUCAGGCGAAGCCCAAGCAAUCCACCAAACAGUUCUAAACAUAACCGCUCGCCCACUCGAAGAACAACUCAAAAACGUCCGCACCCGCCACCAAUCCCGGACAGACAUAAAACCAAUCCUGGACGCCCUAGAACCCUACCUCUCCUUCCGCCGCGUAGGAAGCAGCCACCGCACCGAACUCGACACCUGGACCUCCCACACAGCAAACGGCCUAGUAGGCAGCAUCCGCACAACAAUGCAAAGCCUAAUACUCUGGAGCGCAAACCCAACAGCAAACGCCGCCCCAACCCCCUACACGCACCGCCAGAUCCUAGCCGGAAUCCGCAUCCUAGGCGCAACCCGCGUGCUCGCCGCCAUAAUCGACGAAGUAAAACACCAAUCCGAGACAAGCAACAGCGGCCACGUCUCGCUGGAUAUCGCCACUACGAUAAUCUGCGCGCCCACGACUGAAUCCUUCGCUGUUGACCAGAAUAAUUACCAUCCCAUUGAUGCUAUGAAGGAAUCGCCGCCCCGCUGUCCGAUCCUCACCCUCCGCGACGCCCUAACCCUCGCCCACGAAAUCGUCCCCAAACUCUCCGAGAAGGAUCCGCUCCGUGCGGAGGUCAUCGUGCGCCUCUGGCGCCGGGUCAAUCUGCUCAUGGCUCCUCCGUCGCAGGUCUCCAAUAUCGAUGUUAGCAAUAUCAUCCAUAACAUGCAUCUUGGCGUUGAGGGGCAUGACCGGAUGGAUUUGGAGCCUUCUGCUGCGGAUGUGGCUGGGAAUACGGUUGGCGAGGAUGAUCCUGAUAAUAUCAAUCAGAUGCUUGAUAAGGCGGCUGCUGCUGCUGCCGCUGCAGGGAUGGAUGGGGGCAUUGGUGUUACCCAGGAUAUGGAGCUUGAUGGCGGUGGGGCUGGGUUGGAUGCUAUUGAUGAUGUGCUUAAUGCUGCUGAUAUGGCGGUUGGGAAUCCUGAGUUUUUGGAUUUGGAUAUGGAGGGGAUGUUCUAG